AUGGAGUUUCUUUCGGGAUACGCAGCCGCCAAGGCCCCGUACAUCACUUAUGAAGUCGAUGGCUUGCUGCAUUCACAAACGCGCAAGCCGACCCGUUCCAACUCGGCGUCUGCGAAGUCAAACAGCAAGAAACGAUCGCGCAUUCCCGGCCACGCCCGAACCAACAGUGCGAGCACGAGCAGCAGUGGCGGCGGUCGCACUGAGCGUCCAGCACUUCCACUUGGAGCAGAACCUCAUCCCGGCGUUCCCUGGCUCCCACAACACCAGGGGCAAUUGCCCAGUGAAGAGGGAGGAGGAGAUGCUCUUGCGGCUUCUGCUCUGAGCGACGGCGGCGACUCAGGCACAGAGGCCGCAAACUACGACAACCACUAUUCCCAUCCCCCACUUUCUCCCCGUUCCCUGAAGACGCGCCGCCACUCGACCCGCGAACGCGACCGAAUGCCGCCGGCGUUUAAAUACUUUCAGGACAAGCAGCUGCCAGCCACGCCACGCCUCAACACGGCCGACUCCUACACGAAGACUGCUGGCACCGGCGCUGGCAGCCAUUCCGAGCCCGCGUCAGCCCGCACGCCGGCGUCGGCCACGGCCGCCACGGCCGGACACACAUUUGGUAACCCUGGCGCCGUGGUCGCUGCCGUCACCUUCCCCGAGCGCCGCAUCCCGCUCGGAUCGAUGCUGUCACACGUCGAUACAGGGAUGGGGACGGCAACAGCAGCGACCAGGGUCCCUGGAGGCGGCGGUGGCGCGCGGGCCGAGAGUAUAUCCAGCGUGUCGGGGACGACCAUCAGCAACCGCACGGUGAACUCGAGCGACCAUGGGUCCGGCCCGCAGUCAGCUGCCCGGCCGUUCAUCAUGCACAACGGCCGGACAUUUCUUGCCGAUCCAACGUUGCCUUACCCGCUCCCCGUCGAUCUCGAGGAGCUGCACCGCCAGAGCCUCAAGACGAUGCUCCUCAUGCAACUGUACGGGCGCCCAAUUUGCGCCCCUGCGUUCGCCAACAAGCCACCCCCGCGAAUCCUCGAGAUCGGCUGCGGUACGGGGUUCUGGAGCAUGAUGUGUCACAAACACUACGAGGCGCGCGGGCUUCACAAGGAUAUGUCGUUUACGGGCAUCGACAUUGCCCGGCUGCCGGCAAGCGCCUCUUCUUCCAAUGAGGCGCCAACCCCCACGAUUACCGAUACACGGCCUGACAAGUCCAUGAACUGGCGUUUUGUGCAACACGACCUGCGCAGAUUGCCGCUACCAUUUCCGGAUGCGAGCUUUGAUUUUAUUAUGGUCAAAGAUAUGGCCCUGGUCACGACGUUGUCCAUGCAGCAGGCCCUUGUCGAAGAAUACAUUCGGCUUCUCGUUCCCGGCGGCACCAUUGAGGUUUGGGAGACCGACAACGUCCUCCGUAUGCUGCGACCACACAUACCAGAUUUCACAACCACCUCAGGUGGCCCGACUGAUGGCAACCCUAUCGGCGACGACGGCAACGACACCACCCCAACAACAACAACAACUUCAGCGUCACAGGACACCGAAACUACCAGUACCAAUCCCGAGGCUGACAUCGGCGGUGCCUACCUCAUGACCCCCAACACACCGCUUUCCACCCCACUCAACAACUUCCUAGUGGAAUACAAUGCUUGGGCCUCACGCGCUCUCGAAGCCCGUGCUCUUUGCGCUAUGCCCUGCACCGUCAUCGGCUCGAUGCUUGUGCAAGAAUCCGAGGUACUCACAGGGAUUGGGUCGCGUCGCUGGGCUGUGCCGCUGUCCGAGAUUCGCUGGGAAAAGGAAGGCGUCGGCGGUGUGGUGACUAAAGAUGGGAAGAGUUAUAUCGAGACGAAGGGGAAAGGGAGGAGGGCAGGGAGUAGUUCGGGUGGUGGAGUCGGGUUGGGGAUUGGGUCUGGUAGAGAUACCAGCGGGGGUGGGAGUGAAAGGAGGGGCCUGGAACCGGCGGCUGCGGCACUACGCCGGACGGCAUUAAUGACCGUGGUUGGUAUGAUACAGAGCAUGGAGCCGAUGUUGCGCGAGGCGAACGGCAAGAGCCAGGAUGAGUGGGAUACCUGGGUGGGCAAGAUGAUGAAUGAUCUCGUGCGGGACAAUGGGACGAGCUGGGGAGAGUGUCUGGAAGUGGGAGCAUGGUGGGCAAGAAAGAAGUGA